CCUGCAAGGAGACAGGGAGAGGGAGAGGCAGAGAGAGGGAGAGAGAGAAGAACUCCCUUUUCCCUUUUCCAUUCUGCUGGGAAAAAGAAAAAGUCACUCAAUAGAGACGGAGAGAUAUAAGCCCCUAUUCUGCAGGGAGAGAGAGAAAGAGAGACAGAGGGAGAUAAGUCCCAUUCUGCAGGGAGAGAGACAGAGAGAGAGAGAGAGAGAGAGAGAGCAGAAAGAGGACACUUUGGUCGAGCAGCUCACAGAACAACAAGAGGUAAUCGGACCAAGGCGGCGGCAUGAUCAACACUCAGAACGACGUGAAGAAAAUCCAGCUGCAUUACCUCCAGAACGUGGAGAAGAUGAAGCAGGGCUUAAAACCCGAGAAGAAAAGCUGGAAGCCCAAAGACGCGGAGCUCCUGAGGAAGUCGGCCAUGGAGAAGCAACGCAAGCCCACCAAGACGUCCCAACAACAAACACCACCGCCCCCGCAACAACAAGCAUCCAAGGCCUCCAGGCAGAGGCUCAGCAGGGACCUGACCUGCUCCAUAUGUCUGGACCUGUUCAAGAAGCCCGUCUCGCUGCCCUGCGACCACACCUUCUGCAAGGGCUGCAUCGCGGGCUACUGGGCCGGCCCCAGGUCCACGGGGCCGGGCGGGACGGGCAGCUGCCCCCAGUGCAGGAAGGUGAGCCCCGGGCUCAGCUACAGGCCCAACCGCAUCGUGGCCAACAUCGUGGAGAGCUACUGCCAGGGCCUGGAGGAGGAGAAGGGGACGGGGGAGGAGAAGGAUGACGUCAGGGUGGCCCCUCCACCGCCGCCGCCGGUCCCACGCUGCCUCAGACACCGCGAGGAGCUGAAGCUGUACUGCGAGGAGGACCAGGAGCUGGUGUGUCUGGUGUGUGCGAUCUCCCAGGGGCACCGGAGCCACAACCUGCUGUGUGUGCAGGAGGCCGAGCAACAGUACAAGGUUUCUCUGAACAGCUCCAUAGACUCUCUGAAGACGGAGCUGGACACCGCCAUGCGUUGUGACGAGGAGGCAGAGGAGGAGGCGCAGAAACUCAAGGAGCACACGGCGGACCUGAAGCAGCGCAUCGAGGCCCAGUUCAGCGACCUGCACCAGUUCCUGUACCAGGAGGAGAAGCUGCUGCAGGUGAAGCUGAAGACAGAGGAGCGCCGCGAGCUGAUCCGCCUGGACGAGCACAAGGCGCUGCUCUGCGUGGAGAUCUCCCGCCUGCAGGGGGCGCUGCACGAGGUGGAGGCGCAGCUGCAGGAGCAGGACCCCUUCGCCCUGCUGCGGGGUAUUAAGACCCUGCUCCAGAGGCCGCAUGUGAAGUUUGAGAGGCCCGUGCUCACGCCGCACAGCCUGUGUGAGGGCCGCUUUGCCGGGCCCCUGCAGUAUCGAGUGUGGAAGUCUCUCAAAGGGAGUCUGUACCCAGUCCCCGCCGCCAUCACCUUCAACGCCAGCACGGCCAACCCGUGGCUCAGCCUGACGUCCUCGCUGACGUGCGUCCGCUACCAGACGUUCAACCGCGCCAUACAGGACAACCCGCACCGCUUCAACGCCGCGCUCUCUCUGCUGGGCAGCCAGGGCUUCACACACGGGCGCCACUACUGGGAGGUGGAGGUGCACAGCAGCGCCGUGUGGACGGUGGGCGUGGCCCGGGAGUCCGUGGACCGCAAGGGCGUCAUCAAGGCGCUGCCCGCCAACGGCUUCUGGACGCUGUCGCUGUCGUACGGCGUGCAGUACAUGGCGGGCACGUCGCCGCCCAGCGUGCUGGCGCUGGAGGAACCUCUGGCGCGCGUUGCCGUCUACCUGGACUACAAGCGCGGUCUGGUGUCCUUCUACAACGCCGAGAGCAUGACCCACCUGUACACGUUCCGGGAGCGCUUCGCCGAGACACUGUACCCGUACUUCAACCUGGGCUUCCUGGACAAGGUGCACGAGAACGAACCGCUUAAGGUGUUCGUGCCGAAGAUCUGAGGUCAGUGCUGAAUAUGUGAAGUCGGUGACCGGUUUGGGGGGAAGGGGGGACGAGGGUGCCUGGUGUUUGGUGGUGGAAAUGUGACCCGAGAAUGGAAGGUUCAUAGAGUAGGUUAUGUGUGUAUGUUUGACAACGUAAGUUUACAGCAAUGUGAAAAAAAAAACAUGUAACAAAUGGUGAACAUGGGCCGUACCUCGGACCAAAUAGUGAAUAACUUAACUAGUAAUAUUCUUCUGAUAAAGAGAAAGUCUAUAGCAAUAUUUGUGUUUUUAUUUGAUUUGACCUUUUAUUCGAUUUUUGGUAAUGUUUCAAACAUUACUGAAUAACAGACAUGUUUACUGGGUCGCUAAUAAACAACAGAAGUUUUAACAUUUGAAUGCCUUUAUAUUAUAUAUUAUUAUUACCACCAAUUCACGAUUAAAAAAUAGUCAGCGCUUGAGUGGCAUGAGAGCGAUACUGUGAUAAAAUAUAUUUUUGGAAUAUCAGUUCCAAGCUAUUGGACCUUGAAUGAAGAGUUUCUCUGAGGUCAGCUGAACAUGAGGACAUUCAUUAACUUAGAGGUUCAAACAUGGUUUCGAAGACCUGGAGGUCUCAUUGCACCACUUACUUGAUUAAAGACGGACAAGGACUUGAAAGACAGAUCAGCACGACAAAAUCUCAAUUGACCCUGUAUGAAGUCUUACCUUCCAACCUUCUAAAUGUUUUUUCCAGGGAAUACUAAUCAUGUAUAUUACAGAUUCAAUAAAAAAUGUCUCAAUGAAAAAUAAAAUAACAAAUAAAGUCAGAAUAUCUAAUAUCUAUUUCUAUAUGCGGUCCUCCAGUGUAAAUGACACAAGAUACUUGAAGAAGAUCAACUCCAAUACAAAUUGCAUUGAAGACAACGGAUGCCUUCAGAACAAAGGUCUCAGUCUGAAACAAACUACAAGCAAUAAAUACACUACAACAUCACAACCAUAAAUACCACGCUGCCGCAUAUAAAUACACUCUACAACAUCCUUACCACACACACACAACUCUGUCACGCAUUUAUCAACUCGUAAGGAGUGGGUUUGAGUUCAGUCUCAAAUCCAGUCUUCCAUGGCCAAACAAUGGUUUAAACCUCUACACACACGUGGCGUUGCUCUCAUGCAUUCGCUUGACGUCCCUGUUUGUCAGGAGUCGUGUCGUCCCCUUUGGUUCUGCAGUCACUGGCUGUCAUGUAACAUGUCCUGGAACUUGGUGCUGCUGUAGCGCAGGUGGAAGCCCUUCUUGUUGACGCUGUCGUCUGAACGGAAGAGCAGGACGAUCGUGUCGCCCGCCGAAUACACUUCUUCUGGCGGCUGGGGAAAGGGAAAUAAUGAGUUCAAAGACAGCACGGUUAGGCUCCACGUUUAUGUAUAGUCAUACAUUAGAGCUCUAAGGACGACUGUUAUGACAUGGCUUAUUUAAAGAGCAUUGAAUGUCCUUGUUUAAGCUAGCCUGCAGUAUUUCCGUUAACUACUUUCUUUAGUUUUCUCUGCUUUGAACUCUGAGACCACUUUUUCCUGAUGUCAGGGAGUCUGACAUCAGGAAAUAUGUUGCAUAUUUUCUUUGAGACAACGGGGGAGGAGGGGUUCAUUUCUAUUUUCCAUCACCUCUUGAGUAGAUAGCAAGAAGGGUUAUUCCCCAAUUGGAACAAUGGUGUGUUUCCUAUGGUUUUGGCCUACAUGGAAAUGACUCAUCUAUUGUUAAAGAAUGCAUACAGCUGGCAGAGGCCAGUGUUGAGGGUCAUUCCUUUUUCAUGAGAAAAACACAUGCAUUUUUCCACCAACAACAACAACCACAACAACAACAAGAGCUUUUCAAGAUGGCCACCUCACCCCGUUACCGCAGUACCGGCCGAGCCUCGGGGCGUUGAGGUCAGCGCCGUCGUAGAGCUCGACGUAGUCGUAGCCGCAGUCCGUCUCCUCCUCUGUCUCGAAGAGGAGGAACUCCACCUCCACCCCGUAGCCCUUCUCCGCCCACACCGCCCAGUGGCAGUCGACGCCGGGCGGGUAGUUGUCGCCGAACUGUGCGUGUGAGUACAGGUCUCUGGCCUGGACCUCGGCUCUGAGGGCCCCGCCGCACUCUGGGGACGGGAGACCACGGAAUGAGAGACGGGUCGGGACUGCCGAGGUCAUAAAUAGAAAAAAUAACACAAGGAAUGCGUCCCCGGGCAGAAACACACACAUAAUUGAUAUUCUGCUUGACUGAAGUUAGUUUGAAAUGUGGAGAAACACAUACUAUCCCACACAGUAUAGCAUUUACUGUGGAAACGUAUAUUUUGCACGCACACUGUAGCAGACAGCGUAGCAUUAUGUGUGGAGACGUAUAUUUUG